GAACGCUCUGUGUGAGCGCGCGGCGGAUACACGGUUUGUUGUGGUUUUUGUGUGGCAGAGAAACCUGUGAGUUUAGCGACAAAAACGUGUUGUUUUGACCGUUUUAACGUUUUAUAAUCCACCCGAAAUGAGUCUGUCUUUAAGGACCGAUGUGGCUGCGGACAAAACAAAACGCAAGAAGAGGAGAGAGCUGAGCGAGGAUCAGAAGCAUGAGAUCAAAGAAGCGUUCGAGCUGUUCGACACCGACAAAGACAAAGAAAUCGACUAUCACGAGCUCAAGGUGGCGAUGCGUGCGCUCGGUUUUGAGGUGAAGAAAGUCGAUGUUUUGAAGAUCCUUAAAGAUUACGACAGAGAGGGGAACGGGAAGAUAACUUUGGAGGAUUUCAAUGAAGUCGUGACCGACCGGAUCCUGGAGCGAGACCCGAAAGAGGAGGUCCUGAAAGCCUUCAAGCUGUUCGAUGAUGACGAGUCGGGGAAGAUCAGCCUGAGGAACCUGAGAAGAGUCGCUCGAGAACUCGGAGAGAACAUCAGCGACGAUGAGCUGCGAGGCAUGAUCGACGAGUUUGACGGGGACGGAGACGGAGAGA